AUACCUGAAGUGACGUGUCAUAUGACCAAAACAGGAAGUGAAAUUGGCCAUGGCUGCUGUGUUCGGUGGUGUUGAAGGAGGGGGGACCCGCUCCAAGGCCGUGCUGGUGUCCGCAGAGGGGAAGCUUCUGGCAGAGACAGAGGGCCCCUCCACCAACCACUGGCUGGUAGGUGUGGACAGGAGUAUUGAGGCCAUAAAUGACAUGGUUCAGAGGGCAAAGAAAGAGGCGGAGCUUGAUCCGGACACUCCACUGCAUUCAUUGGGUAUGUCACUAAGCGGAGGAGAGCAGAAGGACGCCAUCGAGAAGCUGAUUGGUCAGAUGACGGCGCGGUUCCCCAAACUCAGCUCCUCGUAUUACAUCACCACUGACGCCGUUGGUGCCAUGGCGACCGCCAGCGACAGCGGAGGCGUGGUGCUCAUCUCAGGGACGGGCUCCAACUGCAAGCUGGUCCAGGCGGACGGAGCCCAGCUGGGCUGUGGAGGCUGGGGUCACAUGAUGGGGGACGAGGGCUCAGCUUUCUGGAUCUCCCACCGGGCGGUGAAGGCCGUCUUCGAUGCCAAAGACAACCUGGCCACGCCCCCUCACAAUGUCACUCAUGUGCGGGAGGCCAUGGAGGAGUACUUCCAGGUGUCAGACCUCAUGGGCAUGCUUCCUCACCUCUAUAGAAACUUCCAGAAAUCUCACUUUGCCGGACUGUGCAAAAAGUUAGCUGAAAAGGCUGAGGCAGGAGAUGAUAUGUGUCAGUACGUGUUUAGAGAGGCAGGUAGAGUUCUGGCCCAGCAUGUCAUAGCUGUCCUUCCUGGAGUACAGGAGGGUGUGUUCAGAGGGGAUCAGGGUCUUCCCAUCCUCUGUGUUGGAUCAGUCUGGAACAGCUGGGAGCUCCUCAAGCCAGGCUUCACAGAAGUUCUGGCUGGGGCAGCCGCCACUCCCAAGUUCAAGGGUCGUUUCCACGGCUACAGCCUCCUGACCCUGUCACAGUCGUCUGCGCUGGGCGGAGCCAGUCUGGGGGCACAGAACGCGGGCGCCACGGUAACCCUUGACUAUGCCGCCAACACUAACGUCUUCUAUCGACAUUCAUUCUCAAGCCAAUGAGGAUUCACCUCAGCCUUGAACCCACCAAUCAGGACCCAGGAAAAUGACUGGAUUCAACCCAUGAGAAGUUGAGCUGGCUACACUACCACACGCAGCCACCAGAGGGUGCUGACUCUCUAACCGGCUCCUUAAUCUGUAAAUGACUUGAUAGCAAUCUUUUUCAUUAGACUAGUAUGAAAUUAUUAUUUGAAUAAAAUAUGUU